CACCACUUUGAUACUGGGAUGAAGAUCAACAAUGAAAGAAGGAUUUGCUGGAGGAUAAUUAACACAAACAAAAUUUUGAAAGAUUUCCUGGGACCCUCUUUGAUUUACUGGCAGUCGGGCGGGCUCGGCGGGGCGGAGGAAGCCGGCGCUCUUGCUCGCCCGCCGGGAGCCCGCACGGUCGGCGGCCUCCCCCGCGCCCGGGCACAUGCGCGAUCUCCGCCGCCGCCGCCGAGUCUUCGGGCUCCGGGAGUCUCGGGCUGAGCAGGAGUCCGUGAGGGGGAAGGGGAAGCCCCGGGCGGCGGCCCCAACGCGCGAUCCCCUGCGGAGCGGCUCCAACAAUCAAUUCACUAUUGAGGCGCCGCAGGCCCCGGCGGCCAGAGCCAGCAGUACCGAGUCGUCCUCGCCGCCGCCGGCACGCGCGCGCUCCCGCUCCCGCCGCUUAUCGGCCCCUGGCAGCCGCCAAGACGAUGAGAGAGCAAGCGAGCGCAACCGUCUUCGUCGUAGCCGCCGCCGCCACGGAGCUCGCCGACGCCUCCGCCUCCCGCGCGAUGUCAGCGCCCCGGCUCCCUCCCCUUCCUCACUGGUCUAAAUUACUGUUUUAAUAUAUUUAAUUAAGUUGACUGUCUCUGAGAAAAUCUAAGUAAAAAUAUUGUGUAAUAUUACUUUAAAUAAAGGCACGCUGCAUGAUAGCAUUAAUCAAGAGAUCAUGAAAAAUUUGACUCAGAAGAAUUUUUUGGUUUGCACCAUGUAAAAUAACAUUUCUUCUUAACUUAAAAGUUUGCUUUC